GAUGUUUUUGCUUGCUUAUACAUGCAAUUAAAAGUUGGUGUAAACUUUCAGAAAAAUUAUUGGUAUAGACUAAACUGGGACUAAAUAAGAACAAGUCAAACUAAAAUCGGCUUUUGCUAUUUGCAUAUAAACAAGAUUCCUGUUUAGUGACAGCCAAUUCGAACUGGAAUUCAGUUUUUUCAGUAACAGCGAAAGCAGAAGCAGCCAAAAUUGAACUUCCAUUGUGCUCUAUCUUGAAGCGGUCAGCUACAUGAAUAAAACGAGUGUAUUUAUGUGAACGGGCAGUCCAAAGAGAGUGUAGCAAAAAUAGGAAUCCAAGUGAUUUGCCGUGCUGUCAAAAUUUGAAGUUUUCGCAACAUUUUUCAAUAAUGACGGGUAACCUAUGGGGCUGAAAUUUUGAAAUAUGCAAAUGGUGUAAAAAAUUCCCAAUGAAAUAAAUGCGUGAAAAGUGUUGGUUCACAUCUCUGGAUAUAAUUGAAUCAGCCUGUUUGAAAAAAAUAGUGAAUGACGAGUUGCAGUUUUAUUUCGAGGAAUUAACAGUCUCGGAAGAGGGUUUCAAUUGAAAAGUAGCAGUAGAAAAUACAGUGAAAUUCAGUCAAAUUGUAGAAAAGUGCUUGGUGAAAAAUUGUGAAACAGGUUUUUUUACUGUUGCCCGGUGGUUUGUGGAUAUAGAAAUUUUUUCGAAUCUUGCUUAGCAAACCGGAGCCAGCGCCCCAGUAGAAUUGAAUUCGGCUUGACUUGAAGAAGAAGAAAACAGUGAGUCAGUCAGUCAGCUAGCGAAGGGAAAAGAGCGACGAUUAUACGGUUGAGACCACGACGACUGCGAUCGAUGCUCGUUUAGCUGCUGGCUGCUGCUGCUGUUCGUCCUCGCUGGUGGUGGUGGCGACGACGGCCACGGCGGCCAUAUUAUGGCUGAGGAAGAGUUGAUGGUCGUGCUGCGAAAGAGCGAGGAUGCAACGUUCGGGUUCUCGUUGCUCCGGACCGAUGGUUUCCCGCAUGUCAUCUACGACAUCGUGGAGAACUCGCCGGCGGCCGAGUGUGGUGAGGUCGAAGCCGGUGAUGUUAUCGUGAAAGUAAAUGGAACCGACGUGCACGGAUUCACCACUAAAGAUGUGCUGAAAUGCCUGCGGCUUUCCACGGAUCCAGUUACACUAGAGCUAAAAAGAGAUCCCAAAAUCAAAGCUCACGUCCGUAAGUACCUGGCCUCGAUUAGCAAUCAACAUCCGCACUCGGAGGGUCAUCAGCUGCAGAACUCGAAUCCCUCAUCGCCAAUUUAUAACCGUCAUUCGCCGGCUUCACCACUGUCUGAGCGUGGUCCAAGUCGUAUCCAGUCACCCGCGUUGACGGGUGGCAGUACAGCCGGUCGAUACGGCCAUCGAGUUUGUACUUCCGAUCCAUCAUGCCGACCAUCUCGCAUUCCGCAAGCCGUACAGUCAACCAAAAAUUCCUGGAGCGCUCCGCAGUCACCACACGGUUCUAAAGCCCUCCGCCCUUCACAGAUACCGACUGCUAACGGCACAGUCGCGCAGCAAAGCCAUCAGUACAGCCAUCAGUAUUCGUCAUCAGCAUCGGCGUUCUAUCAGCAGUCUCAAUCGCAGCAACAACAGCCGCCGCCGAAAAAAGGCUUUGAAGCAUUCAUGAUGACCGGUGAUUUGAUUCUGAAUCUUUCGAGAACGCCGCAGAGCUCCGGAAUACUGCCGCAAGCCAAGGCAAAGAUCGACAGCUUGCGGGACUCGCCCAAUCACCGGGCAAGUACAAAGCGGAAAAACGGUGCGAUUGCACCCCACGCCAAAUGUGAUUCGUCUCCGUCGUCACCAUCGAGUGAAAGCUAUUCGGAAAAUCAGGAUAAACUACAUAAUCAAUCCCAACUCGAACAAUCAACGAAAAAGAGCCGGAAUCAACUGCAACAGGCGAUACAAGAUCAAAACGAUCAGAACACGGGCAGCUCGAUAGAGUCUAUAGUCAACAGUAGCAGUAAAAAGCUCAGUGGAAUCGGCAGCAAUCAUAAUAACAAUCACAACAACAACCCGUUCAUCGAAGACAGUCAUAACAACAGUGGUUCUGCGCAUGCUGCUGCUACCGGUGGCCAAACCAUUGGUAGCAGUAGCAAUAGUGGAAGUAGCGUUGACGCGGUAGACGAAGAAGAAGAGAAUGCAGAUGAUCUUAUGGAUUUGGGAAGUAAUCGAACAAACACAAGUGGCUGUGUGUCAUCCUCGUUGCUAGGAGAACGGAACUCUGUUCGACGUGACGUUCGCCAGGGGCAGGUUGGCAGUAAUAAUAGUACCGGUAGUGGUGCUUUAGUGGUAGGUCCGGCAUCUAGCAUUGUUAGAACAGGAAGUGAUAGUGUCGACAGCAGUAGCACUGCUGUGACAAAUGGCGACUUACGACACUUCCACAAUUCUACCAGCGGUAAGGAGAGAAGCAAAUCAUCUUCGUCCUCCGGAGGUGGGGGUACGACAGUCAAGAGUGACAGUUCACCCGAAAUGAGCUAUUCUGUGCCAACAUCACCAACGUCUCUCUCUGCUGCACCUAUUUUUGAUGGAUAUUCAUCCUCAUUGAAGAAAAAGGAAAUGUUACUUGCGAACUCGGUUCCAACCAGUCCGGAAUCAGGCUCGCAGGAAAUUGUUCGUCGCAGCGGCAGCGGCAUUCACCACCCACAUCAUCAUCACCACCAUCAUCACCACCAGCAUCAUCAACAUCUCAGUAGUAACAACCAAUCAGUAAAUAGUGGAGGUGGUGUAAUAGCAAGUGGUUCUGUUGUUGGUACCAGUGUGAGUGGGUCUGCGGCCGUAGUACGGAAAUGUGAUGCUGCUGGUUUUCGAACCAGCCGAUCAGAGGAUCAUUUACAGCAGACGCAGCGAGAUGGUGGAAUUGGAGCAGUAGUGCCAAUAGACAUCGACGAGGAUGUCAAUAGUUCGCUAAACACAUUGCUAGAUACCCGACAUGAUUCGGAGGAACCGCAGGGCUCCGAUCACGAUCGAAUAGUAUGGACCUAUAAUGCCCCAAUAUCGCAAACCAAUGGCGGAGGCGGAACCGUAGGCACUGGAGUCAUAACUUCCCCCAUCUCGCAUUCCAGUUCGAUGAGCUCGUCGCCGCAGCGGUCAGCCAGCGACAGUCCUGCGUCGCCAACUUCUGUUUCUUCAUCUGUGAUGUCCUCUUCGGGCGGUUCCAAGGGUGCCAACGAUAACACCCACAAUGGGUAUAGUAACAGUGGCUUCGACGGAGGCCGAGGGGGAAACGGUACGCACAGUAAUCUGCAGAGUUUAAGUUGCCAGAACGGUGGUGGUCUGGGUCAGAAUGCAGGGUGCGGAGGAACAAUGGAUCAAAGCGUUUCGGAAGCGGUGUCAAAUAUUUCUAGCCCGGACUAUCAGGAUGAGCACGAUUUACUGAGCACUCGCGAUUUAGCCGCGAUGACAAUCAGCGAUCCUAGUGAUUCUGAUUCAACGAUUUUGGUUUCUGAAACAACGCAUCGAGUGCACGAUCGCGAUCGUGACCGUGAUCAUAAAAUUGUGAUACAGGUUAAGGGAAUGCAGCAACAAUUGCAACAACUUCAACAUCACGACGGUCUUCGGUAUUCCGAGCUCAAAGAUUCGGAAGAUGAACUGGCAACACUGACCGAGGAUAUGCAAGCGAUGUUGACAGGACAAGACAGUAGUCAAUUUGGAAAUGGCAGUGGUCGUGAAUCAUCACCACCAGUUUCGGAUGAUGGAAGCGACGUUGACUCGUUGCAUUCGUUCCACUAUUCUCCGAAGGCUGUGGAUCUUCCGUCAGCCGAGCGUUUGGCCAAGCGCUUGUAUUAUCUGGAAGGUUUUAAAAAGAGUGAUGUCUCGAGACAUCUUAGCAAAAACAACGAUUUCAGUCGUGCUGUGGCUGAUGAGUAUUUGAAAUUUUUCCUAUUCGAAAGGUUAACACUCGAUGAAGCGCUGCGUCUAUUCCUGAAACAAUUCUCUCUUUCGGGUGAAACACAAGAACGAGAACGCGUGUUGGUACACUUUUCCAAGCGUUAUCUCGACUGCAAUCCGGGUUCAUUUAACUCACAAGACGCCGUUCAUACCUUGACAUGUGCAAUAAUGCUACUGAAUACGGAUUUGCAUGGACAGAACAUCGGGCGUAAAAUGACAUGCUCAGAGUUUAUUGAGAAUUUGAGCGAACUGAAUGAUGGUGAAAACUUUCCGAAAGACAUUCUCAAGCAACUGUACCAGGCGAUUAAAUCGCAACCACUCGAAUGGGCAUUGGACGAUGAGUCUCCAGAUCAGCAAAAAGGUGGUGUUGGCCGAAAUGAGGGUAACUUGGGUGGAAACGGCGGAGGUGGUACCGGUGGAAGUUUACAAGGACCCCCUGUGGGUCAAAAUCCGUUCCUAGAUCCUCCGCAGCCAGCUGCGAUCGAGUAUAAGAAAGGUUACGUAAUGCGGAAAUGCUGUUAUGACACGAACUAUAAGAAAACGCCUUUCGGUAAGCGGUCAUGGAAGAUGUUCUACUGCACUCUGCGCGAUCUGGUUUUAUAUCUGCAUAAGGAUGAGCACGGUUUUCGCAAGAACCAGAUGUCGGACAACGUACACAAUGCUAUUCGCAUCCAUCAUGCUUUGGCCACCAAGGCUAGUGACUACACCAAAAAACAGCACGUCUUUCGGUUACAGACAGCCGAUCAAUCCGAGUAUCUGUUUCAAACCAGUGACUCUAAGGAACUGCAGUCGUGGAUCGAUACGAUAAACUUCGUUUGUGCAUCAUUCUCUGCUCCGCCGCUUGAAGGUGGUGUCGGUAGCCAAAAACGAUUCCAGCGGCCACUGUUACCCUGUACGCACACUAAGCUGUUGCUGCGAGAACAACUGGCAUCCCAUGAGGAGCAGGUCAACAAGCUUGAAAAUUUACUCGCUGAGCACAAAAGGUCGUCAAUUCCAACUAAAGGAUUAGCGUUGCAAAAUUAUAAAGAAAAGGAGGCUUAUUUACUUUACGAGCUGAAACGCUACAAAACCUAUUACUACCUCCUCAGUUCCCGUAUGAACUCGGAUCAGGCGCUGGAUUUCGAGAAUCUGCUAACGUUGGGCGAAAGCAGCGUUCUGAUGGAAACAGAUGAAAUAUUGCAGCGGAAUCGGCAAAACUCAACCGGUGCUGGUAGCUUCGGCAGCGCGGGCGCAAACCAAGCAAUCAUCCAGCAGCAACCACUUAGUCAACAGAGUCAGCAGCAGUUUCAACUGCAAACCAUCGGAUCGGAAACCCACAGCUCUGGAUCAAUCGGAGGCAGUGUGGCAUCCAACAGGCGCACAAAUACAAUGCAAGGGUUUUGAAUAGUUCAAACCUAAAUAGGAAUGACCGAAUUUAUAAAACCUGAGACGACCCCCUGUACAUUACGACUGCCUUUUACCAGUACCAGAACAGCCAUGUUUAUGAACAAAACGAUUACCACCAUAUCCGGAAUGUAGAAUCCCUGAGCCCUGGUGGCAGUAUGGCUACCGGUGAAGCAACCUCUUGUUGUCCAACCAUACUGGCUGCUAUGACCGACACCCUACGAUCCCUUUCCUAUCUCCUGCUUCCGCAAAGCCAUGUUGUCUCGAUAGGCGGCAGUACGGAGGAAAAUGGCCAUGCACCUGCAAACGUGACUGCGCCCUUCUACGGCCACAAUGUGUGAGUAUCCGUUUCAUCCUGAUUUCCUUGGGUGUCUAAUGUUUCAGUAAGCAACAUCACCUGAAACACUCGGUGUUGUACAUGUUGAAAUUGUUACAUAUGUAUAUGGUUAAUUGUUGUGCUAUCUGACAAUUCAAGUCGUUUGAUUUCCUUAAUCCCACAGAGGGAAGUUGAGUGUUAGGUCGAUUGACGAAUUUGGUUUGAACAGUUUUAUUUUUAGUUUAGUUCGGUUUGCAAAGGAGAUUUCAAAUCAGCGCUUUAUUUCUUUAAUGCUGCACAUUAGAUAAAAAAACGUUUUUCGACAUAAUACUUUCAACAGAAUGAAUGAGAAAUGAAUGAAUUCCGAAUCGAUGUCGCUUUGUUGCAGUAUGUUUGAGCUAAAUUAGUUUCAUAAGAGUAUGAAUAUCGAAAUUAUAAAUAUGAGAGAAAAAGAUUUUUCUUGAACGUUGUAAAUUUUACAAUUAAAAAUAGUAACUAAUAUAUGGACAAUGGCAUUUUAUACAUCCAUAGUUGCAUGCUACUGAAACAGAAUACAGCAUAAAAAAGUCGUUUACAUAAUUCGACUUUCAGUUUGAUUGGCCGCCGAUGAAAAAUGGCUGAACAAAUCGUUGUACUUGUUGUACUAGUUAGCGAACACCUUGAAUUUAAUGUCUUCAAAAUGUAUCCGCAUGUAAAAUGAGAAAAUGAUAAUAAUUUACUGCAAUCAAGUGCUGCCAAAAGGUAUUGGGCGUCCAGUUAACUAUGCUAACCUUCUGCUCAUGGCUCAAGAGAUCAAUAUGAAAGCUCCACCUGGUUCUGUUGUUGUACAAGUAUGAGUAUUAGCCGCUCCCUCUAGUACUAGUCUUAUCAAAUGAUGAUCCUCACGUAAAAAUAGCAGUCAAAGAAAUGUGGUUUGUUUUCGUAACAAGAUCGAUUUCUUGAUCUCAAAUAUCCAGGCCUAAUACAACAAAGCCUACUCAAACAAAUACAGAACGAAACUGUUUCGCAUUAAAAACAACAGGAAAAAAGCAUUGAUCACCAAUUUUGUAAUGAAUUUGUUGGAUGUAAAUCACUCGUAUGUAUAAAAUUUUAUACGUGAAAUAAGACUAUUUGCAGAUUCUCCAAAAAGAAAGGCAAUUGUAAAAACUUGUACGUGUCAGUUCUUUAAAAAGAUUUACAUUGCAGUGUGUAUAAACAUCUCUAAGGAAUAGGUAUUUAUUGAAGAAGAUAAAAUAUAGGAGUCAAAAAUUAUUCAAGAGAAAAAUGAAAUACAUAAACGGAACGCAUCAGAUUGUUUUAUAUAUUCAUAUAUAAUAACAUACAUAUAAAAAUCAUCCGAUUUUUAUCGUAAAAAAAGCGAGAAACAACAAACAGUUUGUUGGCAACUUUCAGUCCUACCAGAAACGAAUACAUAGGUACGAAAAUGCCCCGAGAAAUCUAAUCUUCCCUCUAGAAGGUAAUACACUUCGCAGCACGGUAGUAAUAAAAAUAAUGAUGUAAGAAAAACUCCUUGUAAAAACAAUGUUUGAAAACAGUGUAAUACUUGUCAAAAAUAGGAGACUGUCUAACCAACUCCGUUUUUAAGGGUGUUCUCGAAAAACUCCGAACAGGUUUAUUCGGUGGCAGAUGGAUCAUGAUUUUAAACCAAACUUCUUAACGACACAUAUAUACAUACGCAUACACAGAUAUAUAUCUACAACCCGUAUAGUGCAUUAUCCGAUUCCAAAAGCUGAAGCCGUGCGCAUCGGAGAACAAAAACAGACACUCAUGCCCCAUGCAAAAUCAUGCUUUGCGGCGUAUCAAGCAUCUAAAGUUUGAGCUGGCACAUCCGAAAUUUAUUAAAAAAAUACAUAAUAUUCAUUAAAUAAACCCCGAUUGAAAGAAUUAAACAAACAGUUUAUAUAGUAUUAUUCAAAUACAUCAAUUAUACUGGAGUGGGAGAAAAAGAAAUACUAUAAGGCAACAACAGGAAACCAAGUAUGUAAAAUAAACCGAAGAAAGUUACAAAAACA